AAUGGUAGGAUCAAUGCCAAUUUGGUUUUGUAGGAAAUCAAUUAGAGCUGAAAUGUGGCUGUCUUGUCUUCUGCUAUUGAAAUGCUUCCUCCAAACUCCUGUAGCGUUGGAUUGAUUUCCUUUGCUGCUACCAAAGAGAAUGAAUCGACAUUGAAAAGCUGAUUAUGCCGUUACCCACAAAUGUCAAAGAUGCAAACUUGGGGUACGUGUAGCAGCUACAGCUGGGAGUAGCGAUGCAUGUCUGCCUCUGGAAGUGACCCAAACAAAGAAGACGACGAGAAAAGCAAAUAAGACGGAUACAGUUGCUAUUCAUUUCAAGGACGAAUCCAAUAAUCAAAUCGAAUCUCUAUUUUCUGAUCUGAAACGAAUCAAAAUCAGCGGAUCCAUGAAUUCUUAUGCGUAAGCUUCAAAUCUCCUUUUACGCUCAUAGUCAAUCUAAUUAAUCUGAAUUCGUAGAUCACUUUUUGUUGCUGUUAUUGAUUAAUGGCUUCACCUGGUAAUCCUCCAAAUCAAGGAGGUGGUGUCUUUGAUGUGAAUAAGCUGUUCAAGCCAUCUUCAAGCCCUAUGAAUAUGAUGCAACCAUCAAACCCACCACAACAGCAGCAGCCUCAGGCCCCUUUGAGUCCCAGCAACUCUAACCCAGCUAUUGGCAAUCUCACAACUUCUCCUUCCUUCCCUCUCCCUUCCUCUCUUCCUCCAUCUUCUCCUCCCUAUUUAACCCCAUCUUCCUCUUAUCCUCCUCCCACUGGGCCUUACCAUCCUUAUCACCCUCACUAUCUCUCUCCUUAUCCACCUCCACCUCUUCCACAACUUCAACAGCAUCACAAUCAGUUCCUCGCUAAUAUGCAACAGCAGAAUAGACCUCAACCCAUUUCUUCUUUUCCUCCUCCUGCUGCUCUUGCCGUUGCUGCACCUUCUACUGCUCCUUCUCCCCCUCCAUUCUCGCCUAAUAACCCAAAUCCCAGUGGUGUAUUGAUGGACAUCCUCACCAAUCAGAACCUGCAGCAGCAACAACCUCCUCUUUCCACCAAUCUGACCAUGCCCUUCUCUUCCCCCUCUUCUUCAUCGGCUGUAUCGAACUUCAGUGCUCCCAUCCCUUCUGCUCCGCCUGUCAGUUUGGCAUCCCCAACUCAUCAGCUGCAGCAGCCGAGCCCAACGCCAGUGAGGAUGCUCAGCAGCAAGCUCCCCAAAGGCCGCCAUUUGAUUGGCAACCAUGUUGUGUAUGAUAUUGACGUCAGAUUGCAAGGCGAGGUGCAGCCACAACUCGAAGUUACUCCCAUCACCAAGUACGUCUCCGACCCUGGUCUUAUACUUGGCCGUCAGAUUGCUGUCAAUAGAAAUUACAUUUGCUAUGGACUUAAGCCUGGAGCAAUUCGCAUCCUCAAUAUUAACACUGCCUUGAGAUCCUUGCUUCGUGGCCAUAACCAGAAAGUAACAGAUAUGGUGUUCUUUGCUGAGGAUGUUCACCUUCUGGCCAGCACAUGCAUUGAUGGACGGGUCUUCAUACGAAAGAUCAAUGAAGGGCCAGAUGAGGAAGAGAAGCCUCAAAUAUUUGAAAGGAUUGUACUUGCUCUUCAGAUAAUAACAGAGGGAGAAUCAGUCCAUCCACGAGUUUGUUGGCAUCCUCACAAACAAGAAAUUUUGAUGGUUGCAAUUGGAAAUCGAAUCCUAAAAAUUGAUACCAUUAAAGUUGGAAAAGGUGAAGGUUUUUCAGCAGAGAAACCUCUCAAUUGUUCCAUUGAUAAGUUGAUUGAUGGGGUCCAGCUUGCUGGUAAGCAUGAGGGUGAAGUUACUGAGUUGUCAAUGUGUCAAUGGAUGACCACCCGUUUAGCUUCAGCUUCAUCAGAUGGCACGGUCAAGAUUUGGGAAGAUCGUAAAGCAGUGCCACUUGCAAUGUUGAGACCACAUGAUGGUAACCCUGUAAAUUCUGUGACAUUCUUGACUUCUCCUCAUCGCCCUGAUCAUAUUGUUCUCAUCACUGGGGGUCGAUUAAAUCAGGAAGUGAAGGUUUGGGCCUCUGCAAUGGAGGAGGGCUGGCUGUUGCCCAGUGAUGCUGAAUCAUGGCAAUGUAGUCAGACUUUGACCUUAAAGAGUUCUGCUGAAUCUAGUGUUGAGGAUGCAUUCUUUAAUCAAGUUGUAGCACUGCCCCGUGCUGGCUUAUUUCUGUUGGCGAAUGCCAAGAAGAAUGCUAUUUAUGCAAUACACAUAGAAUAUGGACCUUAUCCAGCUGCGACCCGUAUGGAUUAUAUAGCUGAGUUUACGGUGACAAUGCCUAUUUUGAGUCUAACCGGAACUAGUGAUAGUUUACCUAAUGGAGAGCAUGUUGUUCAGGUUUACUGUGUCCAAACACAGGCUAUUCAGCAAUAUGCAUUGGAUUUGUCACAGUGCCUACCACCGCCACUGGAGAACGUGGAGUUGGAGAAAACAGAAUCCAAUGUUUCUCAUGUUUUUGAUGCUGCUAGUUCUGAUGGUUCCACUAUCACGGAAUCAUCUCAUGGAAGUAAAACAGUUGACGUUCCCAUAGGAAAAGGGACUCCCAUACAACCUAUGGUUUCAAGCAGUUCUGAAAACGCUCCCGCAGCAAGCCAUCCAGAAAGCUUGACUUCUGCUGAGGUUAACACCUUACCAGAUAGUGCUACUUCAGUUGUAGAAACCAAGGCUAGUGCUUUGCCAUCUCAAAAUAGUAUUGGAAAUCUCAACACUGUGUCUCCUUCACUUCCAUUGAGUCCACAGUUAUCUCGAAAAUUGUCAGGUUUCCAAGGUCCAUCAAAUAGCAUUGAGCCUAGUAUGCAACCUAGUGAUCAUGUUGACCAGCCUGGCCUUGAUUAUUUGGUCGAGCACAGAAUGGAUACUGCAAAGGAAAACAUGUAUGAUAUCCCUUCAGGUGACAAUUUGAGGAAGGGUGAGAAAAACAUUGCACAAACUGACAUCUCAGUGGUUCCUGAAUCUCCUGUAAUGUUUAAACACCCAACCCAUCUUAUAACCCCAUCAGAAAUACUAUCCAGAGCUGCCUCAUCCUCUGAGAAUUCUCAAAUUAGUCAGUGCAUGAAUGUGGGAGAGUCAAAGGUCCAGGAUGUGGUCGCCAACAAUGAUAUGGAAAGCAUGGAGGUAGAGGUUAAAGUUGUUGGAGAGACAGGAACCAAUCAAAGUAAUGACUUUGACUUGCCUAGAGAAUCCCAUGCUACUGUCCCAGAGAAAAAGGAAAAAUCAUUCUACUCUCAGGCCUCAGAUCUUAGUAUUCAGAUGGCCAGAGAUUGUUGUGUGGAAGCUUAUAAUGUUGGGGGAAUUCGGCAGGCUGGUGAAAAUGGUGUCACAGAAGUACCAGAUAGACCUCCUAAUAGUGGUGAAGACGAAGAACAAGAAAUAAGAAAAGAUGUACCUGCAAAGGUUGACGAAUCAGAAACUCCUGUGGUAGUCUCACAGUCCCCAGCCCCCUCUACAAAAGGGAAAAAACAGAAGGGGAAAAACUCUCAAUUGUCUGGUCCAUCUUCUCCUUCCCCUAGUCCUUUCAAUUCCACAGAUUCAUCCAAUGAACCAGGUUGUAGUUCUGGUGCCCAAUCUAAUGAUGCUGCUUUAUCUCAGUUAUCUGCCAUGCAGGAUAUGCUUGAUCAGUUACUAAGCAUGCAGAAAGAAAUGCAGAAGCAGAUGACUACGAUGAUUUCUGUCCCAGUUUCCAAAGAAGGUAAAAGGCUAGAGGCAUCCUUGGGCCGAAGUAUUGAGAAAGUUGUUAAGGCUAAUACUGAUGCUCUAUGGGCUCGUUUCCAAGAAGAAAACACAAAGCAUGAGAAGUUAGAGCGAGAUCGUAUGCAGCAGUUAACAAAUUUGAUCACAAAUUGUGUAAACAAGGAUUUACCUGGCACUUUAGAGAAAACUUUAAAGAAGGAGAUAAGUGCAGUUGGACCUGCUGUAGCUCGUGCAAUUACUCCUAUUCUGGAGAAAAGUAUAUCAUCAGCGAUUACAGAGUCAUUCCAGAAAGGGGUGGGGGAGAAGGCUGUGAAUCAACUAGAGAAAUCAGUUAGUUCAAAACUUGAAGGCACAGUAGCCAGGCAAAUCCAAUCACAAUUUCAAACUUCUGGCAAGCAAGCACUUCAGGAUGCACUAAGAUCUAGUUUGGAAGCUGCAAUUAUUCCUGCAUUUGAGAUGUCAUGCAAAUCUAUGUUUGAUCAAAUUGAUUCCACAUUUCAGAAAGGGUUCAUUGAUCAUCUACAUGCCAUUCAGCAACAGUUUGACUCCGCGCAUUCUCACUUGGCCAUUGCUCUUAGGGAUGCUAUCAGUUCAGCAUCAUCAAUCACUCAGACCCUGAGUGGACGAUUAGCCGAGGGCCAACGCAAUCUUUUAGCUAUUGCAGCUGCAGGUGCGAAUUCCAAAGUGGGAAAUCCUUCUUUGAGUAAUGGACCAUUGGCUGGUCUACAUGAGAUGGCUGAGGCUCAUUUGGAUCCAACAAAAGAAUUAUCCAGAUUGAUAGCUGAGUGCAAAUUUGAGGAAGCAUUCACAGCAGCAUUGCAUCGAAGUGAUGUCACUAUAGUUUCCUGGUUAUGUUCUCAGGUUGAUCUACAGGAGAUAUUGUCCAUGGUACCACUACCCUUGAGCCAAGGAGUUCUGCUGGCCCUUCUACAGCAGUUGGCCUGCGAUAUCAGUAAGGAAACUUCUAGAAAGCUGGCAUGGAUGACAGACGUGGCUGUUGCUAUAAACCCUGCAGAUCCAUUGAUUGCACUGCAUGUGAGACCAAUAUUUGAUCAGGUCUAUCAGAUACUGAUGCAUCAGAGGAAUCUACCGACUACAUCUGCUUCAGAAUCUGCCAGUAUACGUCUUCUCAUACAUGUCAUAAACUCUGUGCUAAGGAGUUGUAAAUGAUCUUGCCUUCUGUUUCUAUCUUUAUGCAAAUAUGUAAGAUAGACUUUUGGUUUGUAUAGGAAUGUAGGAGGUUUUCAGGGGAUUGCUGUUAUGAUUUGUAUGAAUUAGUCAAACACUUUAUGUUUCUUCAUUUCAUGUUUGUUAGUCAUAAAACAGUGUUAUUUCAAUUGCAUGCCCAGUUAAAUUGAGCUUUCGAA